CUGGCCUGGACAGCUUUCUGCAGUUUCAGAAACUAAUGGCUUUCUUUGGAAUAACAAAUUUGGGGUAUCAAAAUCCCAUUAGGGAUAAGAUGUUAGUGAAUCCUAGAACGACUGCUUCCCAUGAUGAUGAGGUUGAUUCAAGGGGCUGGGCAAAACAAGUAGGACUGCCCCCAACUCAAAUCCAGGGGGAAUCCUAUAAAUGCACUGAUGUAUGCACCAUCUACAAUCAGCCUUCUCCCUAUAGCCAAGACAUUCAUCGUGGAAGCCAGGAGCGAUACAGAGAGAUGCUUAGGCGGAUACAGACACCAAGAUCCCCAAACCAGUUGUACUCAGUGCCAGUGACAGACAACCAGCAAUAUGGGUGGUGGAACUCUAACCAUGGCCAAGGAAGGAUGCAAGAAUCCUGGGCACAUGUUAAACGAUUCCCUCGGAAGAACAGCGAGAUGACCAAGUUUGUGAAAGAGAUGUCAAUGACGGACCGGGAGUUCAGCUUAUACUAACACACAUAUACACACAAACACACACUCAUACACAUAAGCAGAUGCAAUCAUUUGUUUCUGAUAAUUAAACUAAAAAGUAAUAAGAAAUACUCAUGUUUUAUUAUUAUGUUUGACCAUAUGAAAAAAAAUACAGUAUACUGUACUUAGUGUAUAUAUAACUCAAUUAUUUUCCAACUAAGCUGUUGGCUGCCUGUAGAGAUAUGAAAUGGUAAUACUAACUUUGUACUAACCAUCGACCCGGUGAUAGUUCCAAUACUUUCUUGGCAGUAAGGCUUAAUUGCCUGUAGAGCUUAAACAGGUGUGUGGUGUUGUGUGUGUUUAAGUUCACUCUAUAAAGACUGAUCUCCAUCUUAUUUUAGAC